AUGAAAUCGAAUGAUAUGAAUGCAUUCUGGAAAAAUCAGCUGGAUGAUAUAACAAAUAUUAGCCCAGAAGAAUUAAAAACACACCAAUUACCUAUAUCUCGAAUAAAAAAAAUUAUGAAAGAAGAUGACAAAAUAAAAAAUAGUCAAAUGAUUUCUGCUGAUACCCCUGUGUUGUUAGCAAAAGCAUGUGAAUUGUUUAUUAUGGAGUUUACUAGAUAUGCGUGGAAAUAUACAGAAGAAAAUAAAAGGAGGACAUUGCAAAGACAGGACGUUAUAGCAGCUGCUUGUCGAAAAGAUAUUUUUGAUUUUUUAAUAGAUUUAAUAUCUAUAGAAGAUAGAAUUAAAUAUACAAAUUUAAAUUGUAAAGAAAAUUCAAAAAAAAACUCAAAUAAAAUUAAUUUUGAUCUGAUGAAACAAUAUUAUAAUAUCAAUUCUUCUUCACACCUCGAUGAAGAUAAUCAAAAUAUUAAUUCAUUAAAUACAUCUAAUAUAGCGAAUUCUAAUAAUUCAUAUAUGAUUGAUUAUUCAAAUAAUACUAGUCUUUUUAGUAAAUCAACUACUAAUUUGAGCUCGAUCUAUAAUAUCAAUGAUCAAGAUAAUAUAAUUAAUAAUUCAUUAUUGGGUGAUACUAAUAAUUUUGGCGUUAAUAUCAAUCCAUGUAUCCAUAAUAAUGAAAAUAUUUCAAAUAGAAUCAUUAAAAGGAAUACUAAUCAAAUUGGAACACCAAAUAUUCUAAUCGCUAAUAAAAAAAAUACUACUAGAAGCUCAAGCUUGUAUGAAGAAAAUAUGAUCCCUGGAGUUCGAACAAAUUCCCGAGUUAAAAAUCGAAAUGCAAAAAAUAUCUCAAAUUAUAGUAGCAAUAACAUAAAUAUCCAUAAUCUUGACAAUAUCUCAAAAUAUUAUAUUAAUAACGACCAAAUUAAUAAUAACAACCUUUCGAUGAAUGAAGACAAUGCCAAUAAUAACGAUAUGGGUGAUUAUUCGCGUUUUAAUAUCUACGAAGCUAAUAAUAAAGAAAAUUAUUAUAAUGAAGAAUACAGGAAAAAUGUAUUAAAAGAUUCUAAUGACGGUGUUGUUAAUAAUACAAACAAUGCUCAAAGCGACAUUUUUGAAAAUGGUCUAUCUGGAAGGCCCAUGAGCAUCACCAACUUAUCAGCAACCAACGAGUUUACACCAAAUAGGUAUAAUACUAACACAACCAAUAGUAUAUAUCCCAUUAAUAUGGCUUGUAAUAAUUCUCUAGAAAAUGAAAAUCAUAAUUCGAAUCUAAAUUUAAAUUUGCAUACAGCCCAAGCAUCAUGCAAUGGGAUAAAUAAUAAUAUGUUAAAGAAAAACAGUUCAAGUUUUCUUUCAAAUUAUAAACACGUGCAAGAUAUACAUAUAAAUGAAAUGCUUCCGAAUUUGCAAAAUUAUCAAAAUAAUAAAAACGACGAAGAAAAUAUUGAUCAUCAUAUAAAAUCACAACAGGGUUAUAAUGUAUAUAAUAAUUAUCAUAAUAAUAAUUCUUCAAAUAAAUCAAAUAAUAAUUUAAUUAAUAUUUCUAAUGGAAAUCAAAUUGGAAAUAUGCUAAACAACAAAAAUACUAUGAACACAAAAAAUAUUAAUAUACACGAUAAUACUAUAUAUCAUUCUUUCUAUGGUAUGAACAACAAUGUUAAUAGUGCUGAUUUUCCUAACAUUUUAGCUAAAAAUAUACCACAAAAAAAUCUAAAAAAUAACAUAUCGAUAAAUAGAAUAACUAAAAAAAAUAAUAAUAACAAGAACAAUAAUAUCGCUAAGUACAAUAAUCCAAUUCAUCAAAAUAAUAUAAUUAAUCAAAACCAUAUUGUCAAACAUAAUAGUAUUAUUUUGAAUGAUUUUAAUAAUGCUAUUAAUAAUACAAUUUCUGAUAAUUAUAAUAGCGAAAUGAUAAACUUAAAUGCAAUCCAAAAUCAAACAAACCCUGAGCUGAACAAAAAUAUUCUAAAUAAUUAUUUUAAAUUAAAUAAUAACAAUACAAAUACACAAAAUAAUUCUGCAUCUGUAACUAAAAAUUCUAAUAUAGACAAUACAAAUAAUAUUGGAAAUCGAAACGCUAACAAUGUUCAUAUUUCUGGUAAUAACCGAAAUGCAAUUUCUCAUAAUAAUCAUAACACCCAUUAUUACUCCCAUAGAAAUCAAAUAACUGAUUCGAAUAAUAAUAAUAAUAAUAACAAUAAUCAUAAUAAUAACAGCCAGUUAAAUUUAACACACACAAAACACAUGAGCAAUUCAAUAAACACCAAAUUUAAUUCAGUGAUUGGGGAUUCUGGAUUAAAUAAUGUCGAUGAAAACAUUUUAAACGACAUUAUAAAUAAUCCAGAAACAAGUAUACAAAAAAAUACAUCCAUCAAUCUAAUUAAUAAAAAUAUAGAUGAUAAUAAUAACAAUAAUAAUGAUAAUAAUAAUAAUAAUAAUAAUGAUGUUAUGCAUACUCAUUUGAAUAAUAUUAAUAUGUCAAAUAUUCAACCAUUAAUUCAAUCUAAUAUUAAACUUAACAUCGAUCCGAAUGUUCACAUCAAUCCUAAUUUUCAGCUCUUAUCUUAUCAACAAGCUCCACAAUAUUCAAUUAAUGACAAUGCAUAUAUAUGCAAUUUUAAUCAAAAGUAG